AUGAGUCAAUUAAAACAGUUGUCCUUUCCAGCAUAUGCCGUAUGCUGGAUGAAUAAAAACUUGCUCGCUGUUGGUGGAGGAGGCGGUACUACGAAAUCAGGAAUCAAAAACAAAUUGCAAUUGAUAUUGUAUGAUGAGACAGAACCUGAAACCGGCGAAGGCCUUACCAAAAUUGAACUAGAAAAGGAUAUAGAGCUUGGGUCCAACGACGAUGCGGUCAUGUCAUUAGAUUAUUUUCACAAUACUUUAAUCGCAGGAAUUAAUAGCUCGCCGGAGGGAAGUAAAAACAAACAUUUCAGAGUGUUUGAAAGCAAAGAUGGAUCAUCAAAAAAUUAUGAGGAAACACAACAAUUCCUACUUACCGAAUUCAGCAAUGAUAUUCAAUACCAACGACUGUGUAAAUACGAUUCCCAUCAUUCGGUUAUCUAUGUUUCCUGCACAAACCAAAAGUUUUUUGUAAUCUCUGAUAGCGAUUGCAGUAUAUUGUUUGAAAAGGAAGACUGUACAGUGUAUGAUGUUGAUUUUGGUGAAAACAAGUUUGCACUUGCAGUAGACGAUCGGGUAGAAAUUUACGACUGGAAAUCGUUUCAACUAGUACAAGUUUUGUAUAUGCCAGAAGAAAAUGCGGUCGUUCGAGGCAUAGGGAUGCUAAACGAACAGAAUAUUGUCGCGGCCUAUUAUAAUAUUAGAAAUGGUCAGCGUUAUACAGGUUUGGUCAGGUUUGACUAUUCUCCAAUGGAACAAUCGUGGGUAUUUGCUUCUAUGAAGACGCUACGCAAUGCAAAAGGAGUGACCAAGUUUUGCAUGGAUCCUUCGAGUGGGAUGAUUAUUGUAGCGACUGCUGAUUGCAAAGUGCGCUUUAUGACAUUGAAUUUGACUACACUUUCCAGUAAUACUGUACAUCACCUUCCGAUUACCGACAUGAGACUAUCCCCGGACUCUGAGAUCCUUGCCAGCGUUUCUGCUGAUGGACAGUUGUGCAUCCAUUACUCUGGCAAAUAUAAACAAUUAAGUACUGUAAAGCUUGAAGACCCUGGACUGCUGAUUCGUUUUUCUCUCAUGCUACCAUUUAUCAUUGGUGUUUUUUACUUUUACAUGCAUCACCUCUUUCCAGGCAGAAGGAUGCACGCCAUCUAUUGCUUCUUCCAACUCUUAUUAGAUUUUAUUUCUAGGUGCACGAUUAGAAAUUCCUCUGUGUAA